GCUACAACCGACUGCAGUGUACAGCUCAGGGAGGGAGAGGUAGUCACUGCCAUUCACUACUCACCCUCCACUUUAUUAUUAGCUCACUUGGAUCUGGCAGCAGGGCUUUUAUUCCCUCUCAGCAGCGACUUUUGCAUUGCGCCACCGAGUAGCGUCACAUUAUUGUGGAUCUCAGGUAAAGGUGUGGGGAUAGAGGCUGAUUCGGGGUCGAUGGAAGCUGCUACUGUAGGUCAGGUAGGAGUCAAUUGACGGCCCUCUAAUUUAAAAUCCACACCGUCGUUUAACAUAGCUCCGGGUUUUUUUUUCCGCGUCCACGAUGUUCAAGACGGUCAAUUACCCGUCGGUGGAUCCCGCGCCCACCAUCAUGCACGGCACUUGGCUUUCCACGGGGUGCCGAGAAACGCCCGUAGCGGUGGAGAAACCUAAGAAAAAGGCGUUCAGCCUGGUCAAAAUCAUGUCUCUCAGCAACAAGAAAGGGCACGGCCAGCAUCCGCACCACAACAACAACAUGCCCUUUACGAUCCACUGUCACAUCGGGAAAGAGAUAAAGCACAUUUGCAGCAAUUGCAGUCGCGGGAACGAUACACAGGACGCUGAGGAAGUAGAGAGGCUGGCCGCCAUGCGUUCUGAGUCCUUGCUCUCCGGCACCCACACUCCACCCAUCCGUCGUCGGAGCAAGUUUGCCACUCUGGGACGCCUUCUCAAACCCUGGAAAUGGAGGAAGAAGAAGAGCGAGAAGUUCAAGCAGACCUCUGCAGCUUUGGAGAGGAAGAUGUCAAUGCGACAGAGCAGAGACGAGCUGAUCAAGAGAGGAGUGCUGAAAGAGAUCUUUGAAAAAGCAACAUUUGAGUUCCGAUCCUCGAUGGACGGCGGAGUCUGCACUCAGGAGCCCCCUCUCAAGUCGUCUAUGGUCCUGCCCACCAAGAAAUCUGUCACCUACUCGAGUGACCUUCAGGAUAACCACACCAAGCCGCCGCUGUACCACAAACAGCCUCCUGCUCUCCCUCCAAAGCCUUUCUCUAGGAUCCCAAAUCAUAGCACAGAUUCUUGCCAGCCAUUGAAGUUGCCCUGUAUGCCCGGGGGAAAGCACUCUCCACCUCUGCCACCCAAGAAAGUGAUGAUUUGUGUGCCUCCAGGGGGGCUGGACUCCCCUUCUCCCUCCCCCAAUUCCCUCUGCGGUCCUCUCUCCCAAAAGUGUGCCCCCCUCUCCCACCACGGCACCUUGCUGCCCUCUCAGCUCGCCGCUCUGUCCAGUCUUCACCAGAGCCACGGUCAUCCGCUCCAGCUUCAGUACGGCAGCUUGCACGCGCCCAGCCGCAUAAUCGAGGAGCUCAAUAAAACCCUGGCGCUCUCCAUGCAGAGGUUUGAAAGCUCUGCAUUGCACGGCGUUGGUCAGUGUCUUCCCCUGGACAGGAGAGAAGUGCCGUCCGUGAUUAUCGACUAUGAGGACGACAAGGAGAACAUGCCCAACGAGUCCGACUACGAGGAUCUGCCCAGCAUGUAUAAGGACGAGGACGACAGUGUGGAUGAGGACGAGGACGAUGAUGAUGAUGACAUACUUACAAGUUCCCUGGCUCAGAAGGUGCUGCGGAAAGACUCUCUGGCCAUCAAACUGAGUAACCGUCCAUCCAAAAGAGAGCUGGAGGAGAAAAACAUCCUGCCCAUGCAGACGGAUGAGGAGAGACUGGAGUCCCGGCAGCAGAUAGGCACCAAACUCACAAGGCGCUUGAGUCAGAGACCCACAGCAGAGGAGCUGGAACAGAGAAACAUCCUCAAACCUCGCAAUGAGCAGGAGGAAAUGGAGGAGAAGAGGGAGAUAAAACGAAGGCUAACACGGAAGCUGAGCCAGAGGCCCACUGUAGAGGAGCUGAGACAGGCCAAAAUCCUCAUCCGAUUCAGUGACUACGUGGAGGUGUCAGAUGCCCAGGACUACGACAGGCGGGCCGAUAAGCCCUGGACCCGGCUCACAGCAGCUGACAAGGCCACUAUACGGAAGGAACUGAACGAUUUCAAAAGCAACGAGAUGGAAGUGCACGAGUCAAGUCGCCAUUUAACCAGGUUUCACAGACCAUAGUAGACCAACACUGUCUUGAGCGGUGCCGGACCGGCGCUCUCCUCCACUGAGAACCUUAAGUGCUGGACAGUAAAAUGGUGCCCGUUUCUACAAUAAGGCCAUGUCUUCUGAAAAUGCCUUUUCAAGACCCACACAACUGAGUCGGUACCACACUCCCAAGAUGCAGACACCCACUACUCCAUCCACUGUAGUAGCACACAAUGACUCCAGUUGAUUCACAUCGCCCCUUUAUGGAAUUUGCUCGACUGUCUCUUUAACCUCUCUGCUGAGCUCUCGGGCAGGCGCUCAGUUCUGCGGCAAUCGGACAGCAGGAGAGUUUUUUGUUCGCAAUUGACUGACACUCAAACAUCUACCGAGGGCAACCGUACCUCGAUUCAUCAAUAACACCAGUGGACUUGUCUCAGUGGACAUGUUUUUAUCCCUCUUCUUUAUUAUGCUGUCACCCCGGACUCCUCUAGCCCUCAUGGACAACGCUGUGCGAAGCCGCAGGGUUGAUUGUUCUGAGGUCGCUACAUCAGCUGGAGAUCCAUCUUUACCGCACCUGCUGGGACUGUGGAAACGGCUUAGAGAGACACAAAGGAGGGAGGGAAGGACCCAACAUUAGAAUCAUGUGCAAUAUUUUUUUUCUCUUCUGCUUUUCCUAGGCUAUAGCACCCCCUAGAGUCCCCUUUGUGUCAUUACUAUGUAGUCCCGACUUCUGUUUCUUCCCCUCUUAUGUGCAAUUCUCACUGUACCGACAAUGUUGACAUCUAAUUGCUAACUGUGAAUCUGAGAGUUUUGGGCAAAGCUCGCACUCUCUCCAAAUGUACAUUUUGUUUAUACUAAGGAAAAGGAAGUUUAAAGAAGAAUCGUGCUUGACCAAGUUUCAUUCAUGUCACAAUCUUAUAAAUUUAAUGUAAAAAGUGCAGCUGGCAGAUAUAUUCUGGUUCCAGUGUGUGUAACAGUUAUCUGUUUUAUAUUAUUUUGUCAGUUUUUAAUUGUUUUUUGAUAGAGGCACUUGGAUCAUAAAUGAUUAAUUUCCAUGUUUUAACACGUCCUAGCUCUUUGGGUUUGAAAUGAAAUACCAAGAGCUUGCUCAGCACUUCAUUAUCCCUUACAUUUUGUGUUUGCAGCAGCGUGUUUAAUGAUCUUUGCUCAUAAUGUGCAUUGUAUUAUACACUUAACUUUUCUACUCAUCUCACUAUAAGCUUUUGACCAAGCAAUAUCUGUUGUUUGUAGAGAAAAGGUUAAACUAAGGGUGUACUCCCCGCCAUUUUUGUUUUUACUGUGUUCAUACACUACGCCUCACUUCAGGGUUUUAAUUUUCUUUUAUACUUUACUUUAAGAAGGCUUUAUUCAGGAGGACUUUUUUCUUCAUUUUUCUGGACUGAGCCACCAAAAACAUCUGCCUCUUUAACAGCUUACCAAGAUAUGACUCUGUCUCAAAUCUACAAUUGAACACAAUGAUGCACUCUCAAUUUUGAAACACGAGUACAGGUAUUAGUGGAUUAAUUGAGUCAGGAUUUUUAAAUUUUUAUUGCUGAAAUUCUUUGCACUGUUUAGAGUUUGGCUUUACAGUGGUCACUGUUUUAAGGUCAGGGCCCAAGUGUGUAAAAUAUUGUUGGAUAUCUGAUCUGUGACCAUUUUGUCUCUUCACUUUACGGUCUUGUUACCUGAUCACUGAUCCUACACCAGUAUUCCAAUGCUCAUAAGCUUUAUGUACACAGAAUAUUUUUAUUAUUUUUUACUGUAUUACUUUUAAAGUUGCAAUAUGAAAUUUGUCAGAUGAAGAAAAAGUAGUAGAGGCGAAAGGCUGUAGGCCGCCUACUAUAAUGCAUCUGUCUGCAAAGGAAGAUGUGUUCCUUCUUGUUUUCAAGGUUUCAAGGUCUCGAUCAGCGACGGAUAGAUGACCCAAUAACUCCUGGGAACCAAGGACGUAGAAAAUUGUUUUGCACUUUAUUGUUUUUAUGUGAAAUAAUAGGGGUUUUGUUAGAGCAGUUUAUCCUCAGAAUCAGGACACAGGUCAACGUAACAGUGCUCCUUUUUUAAAAUCAAAAUUUCAUUGGGUCAUCUAAUCUCAGAGACUUUGAAACAUGAGGUGUUCUUGUGUUAGAACCAGCUUCUGUAUGAUUCCAGCAUCAUGCCAUUAUUUGAAAUUUCCCAUCCAUAGGUUCAGUAAAAAAACGGAGCAUAAAGAGGAAUGAAUUCACACAAAUAUGCUCCAGUUCUCAUUUCAGCUCUUAAAAAAAACAAAACAAACCUGAGCCACUGGGCCAAGCAUGAGGCUUUCCAUUUUGCUGGAAUCAAGGAACAUGAAUUCAGCAAUAAUCUUUCCUUUUACAUGUUGGUGGAACAACUGAAUGAAUUUGAAAGUGUUCCUUUUUUUUCAUUUUUGAAAUACAGAAUACCAUGUAAAGGAUACAUCAUGCCAAUUAAAUUUCAUUUCUGAAUGCA